AUGAGAUCAUCGAAAGAAUCAGAAGGAAAAGUUGUUUUCAUUCAUUACUGUUAUCAUUUUCUUUUAAAUGUUUUUUUGAAUCUUCGUGAAUGGAAAUUUGAUAAGACCACACAAAAUGAGAGGAAAAUUGGUGAGUGUAAGUUGAAACCAGAAGUAGUAGUAGAAAAAGUUCUGCAAACGAAUCAUCAUGCUGUGAUUUUUUAA